GGACUGCGUGCAGUGGGAGCCGGUUCCAGGUGCCCGAGCCCCCAGCCACAGUCCCUAGGGCAAAGCAGCAGCCGGCCCGUCCACAGCAGUAUCUGUCUGGAGGCUCUUUUCUUCACUCCUAAUUCUGAGGUUGCCUAACUCCUUUAUUGCAAAUUCACGAAGGGGAAUGCCAGCCCCUAGCAUGGACUGUGAUGUUUCCACUCUGGUUGCCUGUGCGGUGGAUGUCGAGGUCUUUACCAAUCAGGAGGUCAAGGAGAAGUUUGAGGGGCUGUUCCAGGCUUAUGAUGACUGUGUGACUUUCCAACUAUUUAAGAGCUUCAGACGAGUCCGAAUAAACUUCAGCAACCCUAAAUCGGCAGCCCGAGCCAGGAUAGAGCUACACGAAACCCAAUUCAGAGGGAAAAAAUUAAAGCUCUACUUUGCACAGGUUCAGACUCCAGAGACAGAUGGAGACAAGCUGCAUCUGGCUCCCCCGCAGCCUGCCAAACAGUUUCUCAUCUCACCCCCUUCAUCUCCUCCUGUCGGCUGGCAGCCCAUCAGCGAUGCCACCCCUGUCCUCAAUUAUGACCUCCUCUAUGCAGUGGCCAAACUAGGACCAGGAGAGAAGUAUGAGCUCCACGCAGGGACUGAGUCCACGCCAAGUGUUGUCGUGCAUGUGUGUGACAGUGACAUAGAGGAAGAGGAGGAUCCAAAGACUUCCCCAAAGCCAAAAAUCAUCCAAACCCGCCGUCCCGGCCUGCCACCCUCUGUGUCCAACUGAGCUGAUUGCUCCAUCUUGAUAAUAUCUAUCUCCUCUUGAUCAUGCUUUCCCCCCGUUUGUUGGAAAAAAUAUUAAUUGCCUUUAAAUCCCUGGGUGUUCGGUUGUUUGAGACUCCUUCCUUGUAAUCAGCCUCUUGGACAAAAGGGCUAGGAAAAGGUGAUAUGUCUCCUGCUCAUAUCAUGCCCAUUAAAUAUAAUCCAUUAUUUAGAGAGUUCUAGGGGACAAAAGGUAGUAUUUUGUUAUCAACACAGCUAUUUUCGUUCUCUCAUGUCGAUCUAAGUCAGAGACAGUGACAUUUAGCACCUGUGUUGUUUGCGUGUCGUUUCAGUCCCAGUCCUGAUGGAUGUGUUGUUUUGUUCCUGCCACAUAAAUAGGACCAUAUGUAAAGUUGACUUUGACUGCAUGAGAUACCCCUAUCUGGUCUCACUCAGUCCUCUGCAUCCCAACAUUCCCAGGACAUGCAUGAUCACCAGCAUUGAUUUUCAUUGUUUAAGGACAUUAUAUAUAUCAAAUGAUCAGCAUCCAGCCAUGUCCUACCUAGAUUAGGAAAAUGAUCAGGAUCACCCAGCUGAAUCAGUCUUGAGUAGAUUCACUAUUUUAAGUCAAUUCUGAACAGCCCUAUUAAAAUUCCUGGAGGCAAAACUGAGGUUGGCCCAAAAGAAAUUCCUCAGUAGAAUUUGAGUACCACUUCCAUGAGAUCUCCCCAGUCUCAUGGGGAAGGCUUGUCCAGGGUGGUAGAGACCUAUUUCAGACAAAUCUAUUUAUUACAAAAGUUUCAUGGUGUCUGAAUUUUUUUUUCUCUUUGUAUACUUGUACAAAUAUUUCAGCUGUGCUUUUGAAAAUCUGAAUGUUUUUUAUUUAGUGAUUGUUCAACCAUUAGCUGCUUGAAAACAUGAGCAUCGCUUCUGAAUGCAUUCGUAGCUAACACAGAUAAUCUGAUAUUAUUACUCUAUUAUGGAUAAUGCUGAAUUUUGAAGGGACACAAAACGUCUCAUGCCAAUAUAGAAAUGAUUAGCCAACAUCUUUGCUAUCAAGACUACUGUUUUUAAAUAAAGAUACAGGUGUCAAUUAGAGCUAAAGCUCCAGAAUGCACUGCAGCUGAGAACAUUAAAAUGAGGACGGAUGCUAGAGAAAUGUAUGCCAGUCCUGUUCAUGCAUUGCUCACACACACACACACACACACGUCUGUUUUUGUUGUCUGUGACUUUUCUAUUUCUCUAUCCCCAAGUGCAUUACAGAAGAUACACCUUUAGAACCAUCACCUUCUGCUCUGUGUGCCAGGUCUCAUCUACUCCUGUACGUUAGUGAACUCCUUUAGAUGCAAGUAGAAAUUAUGAUGGCGUGGGGAAGUACUUUCACUACCCGAGCCGCAGAAACACAUACAAGAACAAUGACACAGCCAACUGAUCGAAGAGUGGUUGUGGUUUGGGACUAAGGUGUAUGCUAGUUUCAUCCGAAACUUAAAACACAGACUGAUCACUCAGAAAUUAAAGUCCGUUCUACUGUGAAUACAGCAAUAUAGUACUGGAUGCAGUACAGGUGAAGCUGAGGAGAACAUUGCUUGAAAAAUCCUGAGAUUCAAAAAGGAAAAAAUGAAAACUCCUUUUAGAAACAAAAUCUGAGGAGUAUAGCGUGAGCAAUUGCUUCGACUUCCCUUUGCCUUGGAUGGGUUUGGUGUUUUCUUUAGCCAAGGAACGACUAAGGGCACAAUUAGUGGAGAAGCAGUGCCCCCUAGUGGAAGACCAGGCUACUCUCCAAUAAACACAAUUACUAGAGCCAACAUUGACAGCUUGAGUCUCAGCCACGUUUUAAGCUACUCAGAAUUUUCAGAAGGCAGGUUAAGAAGUCCAGAGGAGAGAGAAGUUUGGACAUGAUAUUUUCAUGCUUUAACACAUACAUCAGAUGCUUCCAUCUAAUGUAUGGAAUGAAGCUGUGGUAACCAUUCUCAGCAAUCACGAAUUAGUCUCAGCGCAGCACGUGACCCAGGUGGGUAAGUCUUGGUAAAAUGUGUUGCUCCAUGUCAGUGUUAUCCGGUGUCAGACAGGUCAUUCCUCUGCUAGUUUGGGUUUGGGGUGGAGAGGAAGAACUUCUCCUGGGAUAGCUAAGAAAUGGGAAGGACUCCUUGAAGUUUUCCAAUGGAAUCUCCUAGCACUGAGAAAGUGAGCAUUGCCUCAGCAUUUCCAUGACGCACAUUAUGCAAGCCUCCGUAGCACUAUUUUAUGUUGAGAAGUGUAAAAAAAUGGAGGGGAAGGGGAAGAUUUCCACAAACUGAAUCAUCUGUGCACGUGUACAGCUCAAGGAGCUUAGACUUCAAAUAUAUCUGGUGAAUGA